GUAAAUAAAUAGAAAUACCUAUUCAUGUCAAACUUUCAAUUAACUUGUGUUAUAUUAUUAAAAGACUAUUUCUUGUAAUGUUAUUAUUGUUUGAAUAAAACAGCACUAUCAAACAAUAUAAAGUUAUGUUAUUGGGUCGAGUGUACGAAGAAGUACUUAUCAAGCAAUACUCUAAACUUUUAAUAUAUCCUUUUACGCCUACAAAAUUUUAAAUAUACUAUUUCGAAGAUGUCAACAGUUUCAGUAGCAAUAAUUUUAAAAAGAGCGAGUAAAGUUUAUUAUGAGGGUGAGACCAUUGCGGGAGUGGUCGUUGUGGAAAGUAACAGUGAUGUGAGACAUGAAGGUUUGUCUCUCACUAUGGAAGGAUCUGUCAAUCUACAGCUUAGUUCAAAAAAUGUGGGCAUCUUUGAGGCAUUCUCUAACUCUAUCAAGCCUAUUAACCUUAUCAACACAUGUAUUGAGCUGGUCCCACCAGGAAAGAUCCCCGUAGGAGUAACAGAGAUUCCAUUUGAGAUGCCACUGCGGGCGCGCCAGGCAGUGUCGCCCGGCUACCCUGGCUUGUUGGAAACAUACCAUGGAGUCUUUGUCAACAUUAUGUACACACUCAAAUGUAACAUGAAGAGAUCAUUUUUAAACAAACCAGUGAAUGCUAGCUGCCAGUUUUUUGUGCAAUACAGACAGCAAGAGCCGGCCCCGACGAAGCCGGUGCGGUGUGAGAUCACGCCGGCCACCAUCCGCGCGGCCGGCGGCGGGUCGCGGCCCAUGCCCCACUUCCAGGUCUACGCAGAGAUAAACUCCACCGUCUGCGCACUCGACAGCCCGCUCACUGGCAAGAUCCGAGUGGACGAGUGCUCCGUGCCGAUUCGGUCGAUAGAGUUACAGCUGGUGCGCGUAGAAACCUGCGGCUGUGCUGAGGGAUACUCUAAGGAUGCGACGGAGAUCCAGAACAUCCAGAUAGGCGAGGGCGACGUGUGUCGCGCGCGCGACAUCCCGCUGUACAUGGUGCUGCCGCGCCUGUUCACCUGCCCCACCACCUCCACGCCGCACUUCAAGAUUGGUACGUCUGCGUCCCGCUACACUCGCCACGUCAAUACUUCCUUGCUCUCUAUUACAGUUUGUGCAUUUUAUUUCCAGAAUUCGAGCUGAAUAUUGCUGUUAUUUUUGACGACGACUAUUUGGUAACAGAAAACUUUCCAAUAUUGUUAUUGAGGAGUAAAUAACAAGAAAAUGUUUAACUACGAGCUACAUGUCUUGGAUCUUAAUAUAAACAUAGUUACGCAUACAAUAAAUGCAAAAGUUUGUGAGGAUGUUUGGAAAAAAUUAGAGAACAAUGGAGUCGAUGAGGGUCGGAGUGCUAGUGAAUUGGAACAUUACAUUAUAUUUCCAAUGUGUGUGUAUAUAAUGAACAAUAGUAUAUUAGAUAAGAUGAGUAAUAUAUUAUGUACUUAGAAUAUUAUAAUACAAAAUGAUUCUCCAUUACAAAAUGGGUCUCAAACCUAUUGUAUAAAGAAAUGUAUUAAAUAAUUUCCAUUGUUGUAUAA